GAAUUGACUCCUGAUUUAGUUCUGUUCUGUUUAGUUCCAUUCCACAGGCAAGGGUUCCGCUUGUGUUCCGCUUCCAGGGGUCUACACGGAGAACUGAAGGGCUGAAGAGAAAGAGACGAUUUAUUGUCCAGCACAGUGGAAUAUACUGGACACAGUGGCUCCUGAGACCAACAACAGCCCUGUCAUCUCAGCCUCUUCUUCCUCCUGCUGUGUGUCUGUCUUGAUCGUGAAGUCUUUUCCCCUCCUCUUUUCUAUCUACCACCUCUUCUUCAGUCUGGGUCUACUCUCCACUGUCUCGGUGUCUGUCAUACCCUACCUGCAGUAUCACUGAGCUAUCUGGUGACGGAGUAAAGACAGUAUGUGUUGCACUGGGAAGUGUUCUCGCCUGGUGGGCCUGAUCCUGUUGCCCUCGGCGUUCGCCUGCAUCAUCUCCAACAUCCUCCUGUUCUUCCCCGACGGAAAGCAGCAGGACAGCAGUCAUGUCUCCCUGCAGGUCUGGCUCAUGGGCGGCCUCAUCGGAGGGGGGAUAUUCAUGCUGUGCCCCAGCUGUUCGGCUAUCAGGGCCGGGGGCAAGGGUUGCUGUGGAAAUGGUUGCUGCGGAAACCGUUGCAGAAUGCUGAACUCUGUCUUCUCGGCUGCUUUUGGUUUGGUCGGAGCUAUCUACUGCACUAGUGUCUCUUCUGCGGGACUGGCCAUUGGACCUAAAUGUCAGAUUGCUAGUGGAGAAUGGAAAUAUCCCUUUGAGGACCUACCAGGUGGGAACAGCAGUUACCUGUUUGACCACUCUCUGUGGGACCUGUGUGUGAUCCCUGCCAAUGCGGCCCUGUGGCACCUGGUCCUCUUCUCCAUCACGCUGGGCCUGGGGGGCCUGCAACUCAUCCUCUGUGGCAUCCAGGUGGUCAACGGCUGCAUCGGCUGCUUCUGUGGGGACUGCCGUGAUGACAAGGAGGAUGAUGGUGGAUUGUGAGAUGGAGCGAGAAAAGAAGUAGAGAGGACUGCUCUGCAAUGCCACAGCCUAUUUUAAUGACGACUAGUGCUGAGCGAUUAGUGCUUUUUCAGGUCGGUUCAGUUUCGGUUCGAUUAUAAAAAAUGAUCACGGUUUUUGAUUUUGCGUUCGAUUAUAUAAUACACUAUACGUUAUGUGUGUUGAAUGCUGUAACAACACAGAAUAAAACAUUUAAUACAAGUCC